GUGAAAUGCAUGGAUUAUUCUUAACAAACUAUGUGAUUUUUUUGUUAAAAGACACAAUUGAUGAAAGAAUUAUUGAUAAUGGUGGUGAUGAUGAUAUUAGAUCAUCGGCCAUCCAGAAAUCAUCAAAUGUUGCUGUUAUGCGUAGACGCCCGGAUUCUUAUUUGAAUGCAACACAAAUUCUAAAGGUGGCAGGCCUGGAUAAAGAACAUGAAAAAGUACAAGGAGGUUAUGGAAAAUAUCAAGGAACUUGGAUUCCUUUUGAAAAAGGCAAAGAACUUGCUACAAAAUAUGGUGCCCUUGAGAGUUUAUGUUCUAUCCUUGGAUACAUGUCACCAGAAUAUGAUACUCCUUAUUUGUCAUCUCCAUACACUCCAACUAAAGAACAAGCUAUGGCAGCUUUACAUAUGUAA